UGUGUGUGUGUGCGUGUUUAAGAUAUGACUAGUUCAUUUCUUUCUCUGCUUUCAUUCGAGAACCUGUUAAUGAAGGGACUCCCCACUGGGAUUUGAACUUUUCUUGUGGAUUGCAGUGUAGCUUUAACUUUAUUAGGUGCAUAUAUCUUUACCUUAACACCGUGUUCAGAAUGAAAGCUGAAUUCUCAAAAUUCUUCUCACUACGGCACUGGCACAGGUCUUAUUUAUAACCUGUUUUUUCCCCACUCUCCCGAAGUCUACAAGAAAAUGAAGCUUUUUCACUUUUGCCUGUCUGUGUGGCUGAUUGUCCUGAAAGAUCUGCACCUGUCUCUGAGUAUUUCUGUGACAUUCCCCAACAAGGAGCCUCUUUUCAUAGCACUUGGCAGGACUCUGGUUCUGGAAGCUCAGUUUCAACUCCAGCCAAGUGAAAAUAUACUUUUACGAACAUGGGAGCUUAAAAACGAUGCCGGGGAAGUCAGAGUGGCUGAGGAUCUCACAGGAAAUAACAACAGGACAACUGUCGAGAAAAAUGGAGCACUGUUGAGGAUUCGAGAAUUCAAAGAUGUCGAUUUUGGAAUCUACAAGAUCACAGUCACAACCUACAAUGGGGACCAAGUGUCUGAUUCACGUGAAGUAAUAAAAAUAUCAAGUCCUCCAAGAGUUUAUCUUUCCAUGCAGUGUAACAUCCAGAGCGUCGGCACACAGUGGGACAGUCCUGUGUAUUCAUGGCAAGUGGACGGUGUCGGUGUCUCCAAUGCGACUAUGGUGUCUACAGAUGGCAGCGCACUGCUCGUGAAAAAUUUAAGUGGAAGCUACACCUGCAUCACAGAGAGCAGCCAGGGCAGGAGCGAAGCAACUGUAGCCGUUCAAGGCUCAGAUAAAAGCUCCCAUACUGGAUUGAUCGUGGUUAUAGUCCUCGAAGCCAUCAUUAUAUGCGUAUUAACUGGGUUGUGCUGCUAUAUGAGAAGAAUAUCUAAAUCGCAUGCUAACACUCCACUUUGAUUCCCUAUGUUAUUUAUUUAGAAAAAGCUAAUUUAUUUAUGCAGCAAGUGCAGUUACUUUAUAGAUAUAGGGCAGGGGUGGCUCCAGGAGCAGGAGAUCCCAGGUUCGACCCCCGAUGCUGCCAGGUUGCGUCCGUUGUUGGACCCGUCACCCCUAAGUGCUCAGAUACAAGUGAACGUUGAGCUGGCAACCCAACCCUGAAACAGCGGAUGUAUAUUCAGCGCCAGAUCUGCCAGGCUGCACAUAG